AUCCAUACGGCACAAUCUUCAAAAAUGCGAACAGGAAUGCAGAUGCAAUGGGAAUAUACUACAACAGUGUCCUGUUCAGGAAGAACGUAUAAUUCCGCUACUGGAUUGGCAUCGAACGACGAAAACGCCGCUAGGAACUAGCCAAAUAGUGCUGAGUAAACCAAUUACCUUGGCACCAUGGAAUCUGCUAGCAAGCUGUGUUGCACGCUUACAUGGUGAUAUUUAUGGAUGUUAUCGGAUGAAGGUGAUUCUUGUUACAUCAGUCAGCGGUGUAAAUCUGGCUGUGCUCUUGCGAAAAAGCAAAAUUCGAAAAGAAAUGAAAGUACGUUUUGGAGCACAAGCAGCGGCUGCGCUGAAAUAUCUUGUGAGCAAAGGAUACGUCCACAAGUGUGUUCAAGCGUCAAACUGCCUUAUCACACGCAAUAUGACUUUGAAACUUGCCGAUUUCCGAUUUGCUGGAUCAGAACGCUGCCCUCCGUUUAUUCAUCAACCUUUGGAGAAUAUCAAUGUUGCAUGGCUGGCACCCGAAACAAUGCUUCGUCACGUUUUCUCCGAAAAGACUGAUGUCUGGGCUUUUGGUGUGCUUCUCUGGGAAAUUUUUCAAAACGGCGCUGCUCCUUUUCACGGCUUAACGAAUAUGGAAAUGCGAGCAUACGUCAUCCACGGUGAGGCUCGGCUUGACAUCCCAAAAGUAAGAUUUUUUGCGGUAAAACGCAUUCGAAUUCCUGAUCGAAUGUCAACCUCAGGCAACUGCGUUUCGUUAGCCUCGCUCGAUCAUCUGUAA